CCUACAAUUCCCAUCAGCCCCUCUCUUCGAGGGCACGCGCCACGUCUUUUUAGCGCGCGACACGUUGGGAAUGCUGACAUGGCGGCUCCCAUAGUGUCUGCGCUGCGGCUCGGUUUGUGGACAGUUAUUCUUUUGUUUUCGGCGCUUUGCAUCCCCUCGGCUUUAGCUUUGAUUGAAGGACUUUACUGCGGCACGCAGAUCUGUUACGAUGUCCUCGGGGUGAGCAGAGACGCGGCCAAAGCGGAGAUCGGUCGCGCGUACCGCCAGCUGGCCCGGAAGUACCACCCGGACCGCUUCCAGGCAGGAGACCCCGCACUGGCCGGAGAGAGCGCUGACAGCGCGCAUCAGAAGUUCCUGCUCAUCGCUACGGCUUAUGAAACUUUAAAAGAUGAAGAAUCACGCAGGGACUAUGACUACAUGCUGGAUCACCCAGAGCAAUACUACAGCCACUAUUACACUUACUACAGGAGACGGCUGGCACCCAAAGUGGACGUUAGGAUAGUCAUUCUCGUGACUGUGUGCGCAAUCUCACUUUUUCAGUAUUACAGCUGGUGGAGCAGCUACACCGAAGCAAUCAACUACCUUACCACUGUCCCCAAGUAUCGCAUCCAGGCGACCGAGCUGGCCAAACAGCAAGGCCUGCUAAACCGCACCAAAGAGAAAGGCAAGAACCGGCGUUCCAAAGAGGAGAUCCGUGAGGAAGAAGAGGAGAUCAUCCGAGACAUCAUCAAGAACAAGAUCGACAUCAAAGGAGGCUACCAGAAGCCCAACAUCGCUGACAUCCUGCUGUUUAAGAUCGUCCUGUUCCCGUACCACAUGUGCCUCUACGUGGCAUGGUAUUGCUCGUGGAUUUAUCGCUUCAGCAUCCGUGGCGAAGAGUACGGAGAAGAAGAGAAGCUUUACAUCAUCCGCAAGCACAUGAAAAUGUCACGGGCGCAGUUCGACAGCCUGGACGACCACCUCAGGCAAACGUUCCUGGAGCGUCAGCUGUGGAUAAAAGAGAACUAUGAGGUCUACAGAGAAGAGCAGGAGGAGGAGAUGAAGAUGAAGAUGGCCACGGACCCGCGGUGGAAGCGCUACAGACGCUGGAUGAAGAGCGAAGGACCUGGUCGCAUCACUUUCAUUGACGAUUAACUGGACAUGCCAUACACACAUGCAUCUGAUUAUACAAUACUAUUUGUGUGGGUGUGUGUGUGUUAGCGAGCACACAUGUUUACAACAAACUUUUGUGUGCAUUUGUAUUAAGACCUUUGACUGAAUGUCACAGAUAUGAAUAUAACUGAGGGCUGUAUCUGUACAGAAGCUGCUGUAACUCCACUGUCUGGUCUCCACAGCUCUUACUGAGCUGAUCUGAGGUAAGCGUCGGAGCCUGUGGCAGCUCUUUGUGUUAACGGCAAUCCGAGCAGUGUGCUCAUCCACAUCGCUGCUGUCGGCUUUGGCCUUUACUCAUAUUGGGAGGCUGCCUUUCAAUAUGUUGGUACCUGUUUUGCCUCUGUAUGCAUCCAAACAAAUUAAAUACUAUAUUUUUAAAAGGAUAUUAAAGUGACUGUUAAACAUGAUUGAUGGCCCAGCUGGGUCUGAAUCUGCUGUUUGUGUCUGAAGAUGUUUAAACAAUAUGGGGUGCUUUCAUAGUGUGUUCACCCAUUCAGGAGGGUCUCAGCCCAAGCAGCUCCAGCAGCAAGACGUGAACAAAAUAUGCUGUUUGUUUUAGGUUUGGAAGGUGUAUAUUUAUUUGAAUUUAUUUUUUUAUUUUAAAGGUGUGUGCUGUUAUCCACACAAACUCAGAGCUCAGGUGCAACAACCCAAGCAGCAGAAAUACAAGAUUUUCUGGAUAUCUGGUCUAGUGCAUGAAAUAGACUAUAAUAAACUAGUUUAUUGCAUAAUAAUAAUAAUAAUAAUAAUAAUAUUAAUAAUAAUAAUGUGUUAAGGGAAAUUUCCAGGACAUUAGAAGUUGCAUUUUUUUUGUCUUGUUCAUUUCAAGAGAGAAAAAUCCUGGUGGAUGGAUGAAUGCUACUAUAACGCACUACAUUCCACAACAAUAAGGACACUUCAUUGUUCAAAUUUCUUGUAAUAGCAAAUUGCUGUCCUGUAAGAUGAAUAAAAACUCUGGGAACGUGCUGUUAUAGGAAAAUAAUCAACUUUGUUCUGGUAACAGUAACUCUGCUUCAUGAUCCCAACUCAUUGUUGAUUAUUUUCCUAUAACAGCACAAUCCUGUAUUUAAAAAAAAAAAAAAAAAAAAAACUUCAGACCCAGAUGCUCAGACCCAGUUGUCUAGCCCAGUGGUUCCCAAACUUUUCCAGGGCAAGGCCCCCCAAAUGGCAUUAAAAUUUGACCGAGGCCCCACUUUUGCAAAAUGUCUUUAAAACACAUUAAAAAUACAGACU